AUGACUCAUGACAUCUUAUGUGUCGGCUAUUACAUUAUAAUUUAUAUAAACCGUCAAGUAUCAAUUUAGAUAAACAUAUUUUUCAGAAAGUGAUUAGCUCAAUUGAUAGCAACAGAGUCACACAUUAGGCACUCCCCAUCACACCAAAAUAAGUCCCAUCACCACCAUUACCCUGGGCAGCCACUCCAUCCCACUGUCUUCCUCCAUCUCCAACCUUAGAGUGUUACUAGACCCCUCCCUCACUUUCUCCGGCCACCUAAAAUCAGUCUGCAAAAAAUCAUUAUUUCACCUGAGAAACAUCACCCCGGCUUCGUCCUGUUCUCUCCAAACCUGAUCUGGAAAAGCUGUUCAACUCCCUCGUCACCUCCCGACUCGAUUACUGCGAUGCCUUCCUUGGUGGUCUCCCCUCAAAAAGCACCCCCAUUCUUGCCUCUCUCCACUGGCUACCCAUCCAAUUCAGAAUCAACUUCAAAACCCUCAAUGCCUUUGGUCCCCAAUACCUCAGUGAACUCCUCAGCCCAAAACAGUCUUCACACUCACUCCUGUCAAAUGAUCAAAGACUCCUUGCAGUCCCAAAGACACACUUCAAAACAAUGAGUGACCGAGCAUUCUGCUGCCUCGGUCCCCGGCUCUGGAACGAGCUCCCCCCCAUCUAA